AGCAUUGUGGGUACUCCAAUACAAUUGAGAUGCUGAGAUGAUCUAAGCCCAGAAUCUAAUAUGGGCCGGGAAAUAUAAGGUGCCAACCUGAUCAACCCUAAAGGCUAGUGUAUAUAAACUCUUACAAACCAGUAUCGUAAUUGCUGCUGCGGCACUGCCCAUCUAUCAGCAUUGACGAUGGGUACGUCGGUUCAGAAGAAAUCUACGCUUUUGUUGUUGAGUUGACGAAGGGACUUGACUGCGUUACUGAUGAGUACCUCUUUUUGUUGUUUUGAUUGGAAAAUUUUUAGGUGCAUACACGUAUGUUUCGGAGCUUUGGAGGAAGAAGCAAUCUGAUGUGAUGAGAUUCCUGCUUCGGGUGAGGUGCUGGGAGUAUCGGCAGCUUCCUUCACUCGUUCGCGUCAGGAGGCCCACUCGUCCUGACAAGGCUCGCCGCCUCGGCUACAAGGCCAAACAGGGGUACGUCAUUUAUAGAGUGAGGGUGAGACGUGGAGGUAGAAAAAGACCAGUUCCAAAGGGUAUUGUUUAUGGAAAACCAACAAAUCAGGGAGUUACUCAGCUGAAGUUUCAGAGGAGUAAACGAUCAGUUGCAGAAGAGCGAGCUGGGAGAAAACUUGGGGGCCUCCGGGUUCUGAACUCCUACUGGAUCAAUGAGGACUCAACAUAUAAAUACUAUGAAGUCAUAUUGGUUGAUCAAGCCCAUGCUGCAAUCCGAAAUGAUCCCAGGAUCAACUGGCUUUGCAAUCCUGUUCACAAGCACAGAGAACUUAGAGGUCUGACUUCAGCAGGUAAGCAAAACAGAGGACUCAGAGGAAAAGGAUCCAAGUAUCACAAAGCUCGCCCUUCACGCAGGGCCACUUGGAAGAGGAACCAGACCCUCUCUCUCCGUCGCUACCGUUAAAUGCUUUGUACCAACUCUUGGAUUUGCUCUCUGCAUUGUCUCAUUACCAUUAGUUUGAGUUUUUUCUUUGAUUUUUAUGUGGCUUCCUUUUACAAUGAGAAAUGCUGAUGCACUUCUUGGACUGCAUAAUAUUUAUGUUUUCUUAGACAUUUAUGGUCUUGUUACCCUAUAUUGCUGGAGAGAAAGUACUAAACUUUUUUAUGCCACACUCGUUUAGGUCUUUUGUAUCUUUUUUUUGGCAAAAUUCCCUAAUUGGCUAAUUAUGAGAAAAAUGACAAGGAAAAUCACACUUUCACCCUUCAAUAGUACUCACAUUGAAAAGUUGUCUUUGUGUUUUCAAGUUUGCGAAUGUCACUAGGGUUGGACCGGGCCCCCGUUGGGGCUUCCGGUACUGGGUUUGGGAAUUAUAGGCCCGGUAACGGCCAGGAAAGUUCCGGGCCCGGGGUUUUCUUUGGGAAUAAUAUAUAUUUUUUAAAUAUUGGUUUUCUUAUUUAUUCCCCACACCCGACCCAGCCCCACCUGCCUGGCCCCCAAUCCAUUUGAAACAAUAAAAAUAAAAAACAGUUUUGGGCUUGGGCUGGUCCACCAAAUACCAUAUCCGUAGCCCACCCCAAAACCCUCUUGGUUUGGGCCCAAGCCUGGUCCCAGACUCCCAGCCAGCCGGUAGGGGUGGACCGGUUCCGGUUCGAGCCUGGUUCGGGCCUGAGCCCGGCCGGGCCUCGGUUCAGAAAAAUGAGGCCCGAGCCCGAACCGGUGGUGGGUGGUUCCGGGUCCGGUUCCGGGCCAGACCGAGCCGGGCCGGGCCACCCGGAUUUUUAAUUUUUUUUUCUUCUCUUAUUUAACCCCUACCCAUCCCUCUCCACCCCAAACUAUCUCAAA